GCUCCUUUGAUUGGCUCUGAAGUGUUCCGUCAAAAGUCUUGCGACAUUUUUUCAACACAAAAAAAAGUAGCUAUUGAAGUCGAGACGUUUCGGUGUCCGACCCGACACUGCGAUACUCACACACCACCACAUCCGCACGGAUUUAAACUCCUCUUUUGGACUGACUGAACGGGACCCAGAAGUACGCUGUUCAUUGAGUGAAACAAAGUAACCGAAAAGGAAUCGUUUCAGCUACUUUGUAGCAAAGGAAUAUUGACUUUUAAAUCUCGAACAAAGAUGACUUCAUUCAAUAAGGGACCAGCCUACGGAUUAUCAGCAGAGGUGAAAAGCAAAAUCGCAGGGAAAUAUGACAUGCAAAAGGAGGAGGAGCUUCGGUUCUGGAUCGAGGAAGUGACGGGGAUGGCCAUAGGAGAGAACUUCCAGAAGGGCCUGAAGGACGGAAUCGUCCUGGGAGAAUUGAUAAACAAACUGCAGCCCGGCUCAAUAAAGAAAAUUAACCACUCACAACUGAACUGGCACAAGCUGGAGAACCUUGGCAACUUCAUCAAAGCCAUCCUGGCCUAUGGCAUGAAGCCUAAUGACAUCUUUGAGGCCAACGACCUGUUUGAGAACGGGAACAUGACCCAAGUCCAGAGCACAUUGCUCUCCCUGGCCAGCAUGGCAAAGACCAAAGGCAUGCGCACAUCGUGUGACAUUGGUAUAAAAUACGCAGACAAACAGACACGCCAUUUUGAUGAUAAGCAGAUCAAGGCUGGACAGUGUGUCAUCGGACUGCAGAUGGGGACCAACAAGUGUGCGAGCCAGGCUGGUAUGACAGCGUACGGGACCAGGAGACAUCUUUACGACCCAAAGACCCAGACAGACAAGCCUUACGACCAGACCACAAUCAGUCUGCAGAUGGGCACCAACAAAGGAGCCAGCCAGGCCGGUAUGUCCUGCCCGGGAACGCGUCGUGACAUCUUCGACAAUAAGCAGGUGCAGCAAGUGGACAACUCCACCAUCUCCCUGCAGAUGGGCACCAACAAGGCAGCGUCCCAGAAGGGCAUGAGCGCAUAUGGCCUAGGACGCCAGGUGUACGACCCCAAGUACUGCGGCCCGCCCACCGAGCCUGUCAUUCAUGCCGACGGGAGCCUGGGCACCAACUGCUCAGAGAUCAGCGACAGUGACUAUCAGGCUGAGGAGUUCCUCCAGGAGGGAGAGGAGUACCCAGCUUAUCAUGAAGAGGACAACUACAGCGACGUGGCCCACUACAACGAGGUCGACCAGGGCAUCGACUAUUAGGGCUGUCCCCUGAGGGCCACAAGCCUGGUCCCAGAUCUGUCUGUGCUGCCAGACUCAUCCGGCUUCACCAUAACAGCCGCUAGACGGAACAGUUAAACAGUGUCUUUUAUCCACCACAAACAGAGACAGUCUUUUUCCUCUCUAGUCUUUUUAUUGUAUUUUUUAAAAUUGAAGCCUGAGAGAAAUAUUGCCUUGAGUUCAUUACUUCUUCACCUCCCAGCUCUUCUUCCAUUAUGAGCAGCAGUGGUUUCAGUGGGUUAAAAACAUGUAUUGUCCUGAGAUCCAGUGUUUAGGAUGUGCUAUAUUAGGAUUGAGAACCUUCCUUCUAAAUCGACUGUUACAUUAUGAGGUAUGGGACAUUGUGACGUAAACUUUGUAUCAUCUGCAGCCAUUCCACUUUUUUUUUAAUCCCCAGACUUGCUUUAAUGAUUGACUCAUCCCUUUUAAAGGAAUUCACACAAUCAUGCCAGUCUUAAAAGGUUCACCAGCUGCUUUUAUCUUUUUUUUUAAAUGUUUACCCAUCUCCUAGCCAACCUAAAAUGACCAAUAUUACUUUCUUUAUUUUAUUGAUACAAAUCAGUCAGUGAAAAAUGUUUGAGGAGUCAGGACAUUUAAUCCAUUUCAUUUUAGCAGGUUUCAAUCUCAACCAAAUGGACCAUUUAGCUUUAUCCUGAAGUGAGUCAUUUCGAAUGGCUUUUCCAUUAGACCAGAUGACCAAACCAGAAUGUUCGGCUUUUAUUGCAUACAGUAUGGCUAAUCUUAUCACACCAUGUUAUUUAACCAGGAAAAUAGCCUUGAGGUUAGAAACCUCUUUUUUUCCCCGAGGGUGACCUGGCAAGAAAUCAGCAGGAAGUAGUCAGUGUGUACACACAAUACAUUAAACACUAUUAGAAUGGUCAAUUACAUUCCCUUUUCUAUCAGAGCUUUAAACUCAGGCAGCGGCACCAUCUCUUCCAGUUUUAAAGUAUUUUGUAGUUUGUUCAAAGUCCAAGAAAUGUUGGAUUGUUUCCCCAUUUCUGUUUUUUCCCUAGGAGCUGACUGAGAGUGGAGACUGUAGGAUUGUGACGGUGCUAGUCAGGAGCAAAUAUAUUUAAGGAAUAUUACAAGCACUGCCUUGUACACAAAUAUGUCCCAGUGCCUUCUGGUAGGAAACGAGGACCACUUCACCAUGUUAUAUAGUUGCCAGGUGAUGGGUGAGUGGUCUUGCAUUAGUUAUGACCCUUAGUGCUCAUUGAUACACUACAUUCAGCAUGAUCCAACACAGAUAAAAAACAUGGCCUUCGCACAAGAUCUUUCCUAACUGACAUAGAAAAACAAGAUUUGUUCCUAAAAAUAAAAAUCUAAUUUCAGCUUCA